UUUUUCUUUCUUUUUUUUUGGGGGGGUGCAGUGAACUUUAUUGAUGAUAUUCAAGAGAUAAGAGGGCUCCCUAGGCCCCUCCUGUUGUUAUGGGGUCUGGGAUGGAAUUGUGAGGGAGACGCUCAGUGGGGGCUGAGUUGGGAUGGGGACUCCUCAGCAACUGAGGGCCUCUCUCUUGCUCUCAGUAUCCUUGCUGGGCUGGGUGGUCCAGGGUUUCUUACUCCUUGGAGGCCAUGUAGGCCAUGAGAUCCACCACCCUGUUGCUGUAGCCGUAUUCAUUGUCAUACCAGGAAAUGAGCUUUAAAAGUUGUCAUUGAGAGCAAUGCCAGCCCCAACGUCAAAGGUGGAGGAGUGGGAGUUACUGUUGAAGUUGCAGGAGACAACCUGGUCCUCAGUGUAGUCCAGGAUGCCCUUUAGUGGGCCCUCGACACCUGCUUCACCACUUUCUUGAUGUCAUCAUACUUGGCAGGUUUCUCCAGGCGGCAUGUCAGAUCCACAGCGGAUACAUUGGGGGUAGGAACACGGAAGGCCAUGCCAGUGAGCUUCCCAUUCAGCUCUGGGAUGACCUUGCCCACAGCCUUGGCAGCACUAGUGGAUGCAGGGAUGAUGUUCUGGGCUACCCACGGCCAUCACACCACAGCUUUCCAGAGGGGCCAGCCACAGUCUUCUGAGUGGCAGUGAUGGCAUGGACUGUGGUCAUGAGCCCUUCCACGAUGCCAAAGUUGUCAUGGAUGACCUUGGCCAGGGGGGCUAAGCAGUUGGUGGUGCAGGAUGCAUUGCUGACAAUCUUGAGGGCGUUGUCAUAUUUCUCAUGGUUCACACCCAUCACAAACAUGGGGGCACCAACAGAAGGGGCAGAGAUGAUGACCCUUUUGGCUCCACCCUUCAAGUGGGCCCCAGCCUUCUCCAUGGUGGUGAAGACGCCAGUAGACUCCAUGACAUACUCAGCACCAGUGUCAGUCACCCCAUUUGAUGUUAGCGGGAUCUCGCUCCUGGAAGAUGGUGAUGGCCUUCCCGUUGAUAAUGGGCUUCCCGCUCUCUGCUCCUCCCUGUUCCAGAGACAGCCGCAUCUUCUCGUGCAGUGCCAGCCUCAUCUCAUAGACAAGAUGGUGAAGGUCUGUGUGAACGGAUUUGGCCGUAUCCGGCGCCUGGUUACCAGGGCUGCCUUCUCUUCUGACAAAGUGGAGAUUGUUGCCAUCAACGACCCCUUCACUGACCUCAACUACAUGGUCUACAUGUUCCAGUAUGACUCUACCCAUGGCAGGUUCAACGGCACAGUCAAGGCUGAGAAUGGGAAGCUUGUCAUCAACAGGAAAUCCAUCACCAUCUUCCAGGAGCGAGAUCCCGCUAACAUCAAACGGGGUGACACUGGUGCUGAGUAUGUCAUGGAGUCUACUGGCGUCUUCGCCACCAUGGAGAAGGCUGGGGCCCACUUGAAGGGUGGGGCCAAAAGGGUCAUCAUCUCCGCCCCUUCUGCUGAUGCCCCCAUGUUUGUGAUGGGUGUGAACCACGAGAAAUAUGACAACUCCCUCAAGAUUGUCAGCAAUGCAUCCUGCACCACCCUCUGCUUAGCCCCCCUGGCCAAGGUCAUCCAUGACAACUUUGGCAUCGUGGAAGGGCUCAUGACCACAGUCCAUGCCAUCACUGCCACUCAGAAGACUGCGGAUGGCCCCUCUGGAAAGCUGUGGCGUGAUGGCCGUGGGGCAGCCCAGAACAUCAUCCUUGCAUCCACUGGUGCUGCCAAGGCUGUGGGCAAGGUCAUCCCAGAGCUGAACGGGAAGCUCACUGGCAUGGCCUUCUGUGUUCCUACCCCCAAUGUAUCCGCUGUGGAUCUGACAUGCCGCCUGGAGAAACCUGACAAGCAUGAUGACAUCAAGAAGGUGGUGAAGCAGGCGUCUGAGGGCCCACUAAAGGGCAUCCUGGGCUACACUGAGGACCAGGUUGUCUCCUGCAACUUCAACAGCAACUCCCACUCUUCUACCUUUGAUUCUGGGGCUGGCAUUGCUCUCAAUGACAACUUCGUAAAGCUCAUUUCCUGGUAUGACAAUGAAUAGGGCUACAGCAACAGGGUGGUGGACCUCAUGGUCUACAUGGCCUCCAAGGAGUAAGAAACCCUGGACCACCCAGCCCAGCAAGGAUACUGAGAGCAAGAGAGAGGCCCUCAGUUGCUGAGGUGUCCCCAUCCCAACUCGGCCCCCAACACUGAGCAUCUCCCUCACAAUUCCAUCCCAGACCCCAUAAUAACAGGAGGGGCCUAGGGAGCCCCCCCCCUUCUCUCUUGAAUAUCAUCAAUAAAGUUCGCUGCGCCCUCAAAAAAAAAAAAAAAAA